AUGAGAACUCAAAUAAUCAAUCUAGCAAUCUUAAUUAUGGACAAAAAAGUGAACAAUGAAAGCAUAUCAAUAAUUCAUUAUAACAAGAAUAAUGGAAAGUAGUAUCUUAGAUUGGCACUUUUUGAUGAAUAAAAGAGAAUAUUUCCAAGUUGCAUCCAUUAUGAUAAGUUAUAAUUGGAACUAAGCGGACUCAAUCACAACUAUGAUGGAUAUACGCCUUAAAUUGAUAUUUUCAAAAUUGAAUUCUAAUUAGCUAGUUCUUACACUGAUUAAGAUAAAAUAUUUAUCUUAGCCUCUAUCCUUGAUGCACUUAUUUGCUAAUUCCAAAAUGGCUAUGUAAAUCAAGGGUAUCUUGUUGAGAAUUUUAUUAUCAUUGACAAAUUCCUAGUUAAAUUAACUGAGAAAGAAGAAGAGAAAUUUGAAAAUCAAGGUGGAAAUGAUUAUUUCAAUCAGAAAGUAAGCUAAUUAGUUUAGCUUCUUCAAAUCAUCAAGACAUAAGCUAGCUAAUUAGGAGUGAUUGAAUUAAGUCCUAAUGAAGAAGUCUUUGACCUUAACGAUGAUGACAAUGAGAGUAAGAAAAAAUAACUUUGUCACUAAGCUCUUGCCAAAUGUAUUUAUAUUAAACACUAGAUUAUUAAGCACAUACUUAAAAAUAGAGACACCUUGAAAUACAUUUUGUAGAAACUUAGCGAUACUCAUUUAGAAUUAGUUUAUGUCUCUAUACUAUCAGGAUUAGAGAUACACCUUAAUUCUGAAAAAAUAAUCUCCAUGGUUGCUUAAAAGGUCUGCUAUAAAUGUUAAUAAGUUGGAGAAAAAUUUGUGAUUAGCUGCAAGGCUAAUUAGUAAGAGACAGAAGCGAUGGUGAUUAUUGAUUAUGCAGCUAUUUUUGAAAAGAUUAAAGAAAGUUUUGAAAAGUUGUGA